UGACGUAUAAUGGACCCCUGGACGUGAAACGUAGGGCCUAGGGAACAAUGUGAAGCCAAUCUUCCUCUUCUAGGCACAGUAACAAGGAAACCUUUUAGGGUGGGGUAAUUACAUCAAGAUUCAUUUUAUACAUUACUCACCGCAAAAGGUAGUGUGUAUUCGCCUUAACUAACCCCAUUUAUAAUUAUACAAACAGAAAGUACAUCGAUAAUAAUUUAUAAAAGUAUUUAAUUCCCAACCCCUCUUUUGUAAAAGUACAUUUCCAUUUGAUAAAGGUAAAGAUGUCAACUAUUUGCAGACUAGCAGGUCGCAAGUUACCCUUCAUAAAGGUUGGUCUGGAUCGACCUAACUUUCUUCAGCUCUCCCGUCAUGUAACUUUAAAGCCAGUAUCGCAGCCAGUACGUGGCGCGGAUCACGAUGAUCACAAUAUGAGUAUGAAUAGACCAAUGUCACCUCACAUCAGUAUUUAUGCCUUCGAUAUUAUAAGUAAAAUUUCGAUAUCGCAUAGAAUUACAGGAACGAUGUUGGGGGGCUAUACGAUUCUGUUAGGAACUGGCGCGUUAGUUUUACCGAAUAAAGUAUCUCACUAUGUUGACGCAUUGCAGGCCAUGCAUCCCGGUGCGGCAUCGAUCCUUGCCCUGAAACUCGUACUCGCCGCUCCCUUCGCUUAUCACUUUUGUAAUGGCAUACGACAUCUUGUUUGGGAUACAGCACGGUUUCUAACACUGUCAGGAGUUCAUAAAACUGCCUAUAUAAUGUUGGCAUCUACAUUUGUGAUGCUGAUUGCUUUGUUGUUUAAGUAAUUGUACUCUUGAGAAUUUCGUUUUAUGCAGUUGUAAAUAUGUAUUGAUAAAAUGGCAUGAACACCAAAUUAAAUAAUGUUUUGUUAACAGAGAA